UCGUGCGGCUCAUGUUUAUAUUAUGCGAAACAUUGACUACUUGCAUGAGUUUGAAAGUAUAUUCAACUUACAAAUUCGAGAACACUAUCCUGAUUUAGAAGAAAAGGAUUAUGAGCAGUUGAACGAACGAGAUUAUCCUGGGUGGUUACAAUACUAUGUGAAAAAUGGAUGUCAUGACAAACCAAUUCCACGAUGGUUGUAUGAAUUUGUUGACGAACCGGUUGCUAAGAUCACUACUGCUCCAAUGUACUUUACUCGUGGAUACACUUUUCAUACUUUCACACACGGCUCGAAGAGAUCAACGGCAAAUUUUGGAAUCCAAGUCCAAGGUGAAACUGACUUCUACGGUGUAUUGCAACAGAUCAUAGAAAUCACUUAUCCGGGAACCAUCAACUUAAAAUGCGUAUUAUUUAAGUGUGAUUGGUAUGAUCCAGCGAAUGGCCGAGGAGUCCGAACAAAUAACCUUGGGGUGAUCGAUGUCAAUGCAAAUAGAAGCUAUGCAAAAUUCGAACCCUAUUGCCUUGCAUCACAAGCAGAUCAAGUGUGUUUUCUUCAAUAUCCUAGGAUUAGAGAAAGACGUGAAAUGUGGUUAUCAGUGAUUAAAGUGAAUCCGCGUGGACGUAUAUUUGUCGGAGAAAUUGAAGAUGUCGCAAUGCAGGGCGAAAGAGUUGUUGAAAUGUCCCAACUGAAUCAACAGAGAAUAUCAUACACAUUGAUCCAAACAACCAAGAAGUAGAAGUCAUUGUUGAUGAUUCCACAGAAGGGUCUGUUUCGGAAGAAGAUGAGUUUGAUGCUGAAACUGAGGAAGAUGACACCACAAACGAUGAGGCUGAAACUAGUGAUAGUGAAAAUGUAUCUGGAAAUGAGUCUGAUUAAAUAAAAUGUCGCAUGUAUGCUGUAAUUUCUUAUAUAUUUUUUUUCUUUAGAAUAUGA